AUGAUCGCCGGGCACAAUCUCUCGUACAUCGGUACAAUAAUCGGCGGCCAAAUGACAAUGGUGGUUUGGGCCUUCUUUUUCUGUUUUGAACUGCCCGCAUUAUUCAAUUGUUUUAUGUAUCGACAUGAGGCUGCAAUUGGCAUCAGUAAUACCACAAAUUCACUACGUUAUCCGAACCUGUUCGUUUUAUUUGUUGCUCAUUUAUUACCACCAUUUACUGCAGUCACAUUACAACUCUCAUUAUUGACGUACGAUCAAAAAUACAACUUGUUGAAAUCGGUAAGGUGAAAUUUGAGAACUGUACAGUGUAGGCCCCGGGGGAUCUUAUUUUUUUUACCCUAAAGUAUUCUUAAAACGUGUUCUAAUGUUCAGAAAUAUCCAAGUUGCAUAAAUUUUGCCAAUGAUACUUUAUUCGAAAUUUAUGAUUGGAAUGUUAAUCCUUGGAUUGCAAUAAGUGGAAUUGGAAUACUAACUUUUGUAUUAGUUGUAGCUGCAUAUGGUUUUGGAAUAGUCUUUCAUACAAUGCACAUUCUUCACAAAUUACGUGUUCAUAUGUCAGUUGAAACAUUCAAAAUGCAUAAAAAUGCAUUGAUAAGUCUAUCAAUGCAAUGUCUUAUUCCAUCAAUUUUUUUGAUCGUACCAAUCUGCACAGUUUUCAUAAUUAUUGUGAAUAAUAUGACCGAAUUCCAAGGUUUUCCUUUUUUUCGAAUUCCAAUGAGAAAUGUUUUUCUAGAAUUGUCAAACUGUUCCUUUUUUGGAUUCACUUCUCAUUCUUGUGUAUCGACAAUUAUUAUGAUUACGACAAAUGCAAGAUAUUCAACAACGGUCAAGCACAAAAUUAGCCAGGUUGUGUGUCAAGGAAAAUCAAGUUCAGUUCCAGUUAUCAUACCUUUAUCAAUGACUAAUGUUCAAAAUUGA